AUGAAGCACCCCACAGUCACGGCCCAUCUCUCUACUUCUCACAACAAGCUUUCUCAAGAAAUCGCUGCUAUUGCAACAACAUUAUCGAAACGAGCCACAUCACUAGCCCCAACUUCUUACCGUACACAAGAUGAGAUUCCUCACUCUCUCAAUAUUGCUGGGAUUUACAUGUGUGGUGGCCUCUCUGUUCCCACAACUCCAGCGUGGAAGGGACACAGCAGCAAUAUGACUUCCUCUUAUAUAGCUGGUGACUAUCCUUCUGCCGUAAAUGGUGAUUCUACUCCACCUUCAUCUCCAUAUGGCCGGCGCUCGCACACUAAUUUCUUCCAUCCUCACCCAAACACUCUUCAAAUGACUAAUCCGCAGUUGCAUGUGCACCACCAUCCAUUCUCUUCCAGGGAUAAAGAUCGUGACAAAGACCAUCAUCACCAUUAUUCUCGCCAGCCUGGUACGCCUCCUCCAAAGCAUCGGCUUAAGCUGAGUUUUCCUUUACAUCGCUCGAAAUCCCACGAGUCAAAUCUUGCAAAUCGCAUCCUCCAAGCCGGACAGACAACCAAUCCUACAAAUCCUCCCACGCAGUCAGGAAACCCCUCUGUAUCUGGAACUAGUGGUUAUCUUGAUGCUGUUCACAACUUUGAUCCUACUACAUCUUCCCCUGGACCAUUAAGUAGUGUCAAUACGUCUGUAUCACCUGAUGCGUUUACAUCAAAUUCUGGUGAUUUUUUUCGAUUUAAUGAUUCAAAUGGGCCCGUAAAUUCGAGCUUCUCAAGCAAUACCUUACAUUUUCCAGCUGUAUUAACAGCAAAUGGAUUUUCUUCUAAGAUUGUUACCAGUGGCUGUUAUUUUCCUACGCUGGAUCGACCUGGAUGUGUUAUUCCUAUAACUACUAAAUCAAAUAAUUCAUCACUUCUGGAGGCCUCUUUCGUGUUUGAAGAAAAUUUAAAUAAUGGUUGCCCGGGCUUCAUAGAUAUUGAUAAAAAUAGGCGUAACUCUUUUGAAUCAAGAUUGUCAAAAUCGCAUAAUUGUCAGGCAACUAUUCCCACCAGCUUGCCCAUAAACUCUGAUGGCUUCCUAACUGCUCCAACAAUAUAUUCUUCAAAUCAGGCUUUGAAUUCGGGCACUUGCAUUACAAACAUAUCUGGUUAUGCUCAUAAGUAA